AUGAAUGAGCCAAAUAUGAAUACUAUAGAUCAACUUGUCAAAAGUGAUAUACUAUUAAGAAAUAAUAAAAUUGAGAAAAUAAUUGCUAAAUUACUAGAUGAAAAUUCAUAUGUGCCAAAAACAGCUCAAGUUACAAUAAUAUAUCUACAACUAAUUGACAAACCUGCUGCUACAGAAGAAAUACUCAAUAAUGAGAGGAUCAUCUCUAUGGUUCAAGCUAAUAAAAAUGAAGAAUCGGUCGAACAAGAAAUUGAAGAUGAAGAUAAAGUACUUAAUCUACCUAUAACAGCUGCUGAAGUAUUUAAUGCAAUGCAAACUGUUAUUCGCUAUGAAGAACAGAAAAAUUCAGAGUCAAAUCUCUUCCUUGAAGAACUAGAAUUUUUAAAAAAUCUGCUUAAAGAAUAUAAACAUAUAUAUGAAAAGUCAAAAAAACAACAAAAAAUUACUAGUUUUUUUAAUUUUCAAAGUUCAUAUUCUUAUGAUUCACAACCUCAAGAUACAUACUCCAGAGAUUUAUAUUUCCAAGAUUCUUAUUCAUAUUCCUAA